UUAAUAUUUACAGAAAGUGGCAAAUCUAAUCCCAAAAUGGCUAUAAAAUACUGGAUGUAGCCUGGUAGUUGUCACUGACAAGGGGAUCACCUAAGGCCAUAAGAUGAGAAUGAUUGUGCAUUGUGGUGUGGUAGCUGCCCUGCUCCUGUCUGUGGCCUUGGCCGCCCCACAGGGUGACCAUGAGGGCCAUGACCAUGGGCCCCACACAGCAGAGCAUCACCACCACCUCCACCAUGGAGAGGACGAGCCCCAUCCACAGCACGAGGGCCAACAUAACAACAAACUUCAGGGACCCAAUGCUGACUUUGCCUUCACUCUCUACAAGAAGCUGAGUGCUUUACCUGAACAGUCAAACAUCUUCUUCUCCCCACUGAGCAUAUCCAUGGCUCUGUCCAUGCUGGCUCUUGGAGCAAAGGGUGACACUUUCUCCCAGCUGUACCAGGCUCUUGGCUAUGCUGAAAUGACCCCUGAGGCUGUUAAUGAGGCCUAUGAGCACAUCUUUCACAUGCUGGGCCAUGAAAAAGAAAACAUGAAGCUUGACGCAACAAGUGCUGUUGCUCUCAGGGAAGGAGCCCAGGUCCUAGAUACGUUUUUAGAGCAGGCCCAACAUCAUUUUGGGAGCACACCAUUCACUGUUGACUUCACCAAACCCGACGUGGCCACUGAGGAAAUCAACAAGUACAUUGCCCAACAGACCAACAACACGAUCACCGAUAUGGUGAAAGAGGUGGAUCCAGACACUCUCAUGAUGUUAAUCAACUGCAUUUAUUUCAGUGGGAAAUGGCAAAGCCCAUUUACCACGAGGCUAACAAAACCAGCCGAUUUUCACGUGGACGAAAACACAAAAGUGACCGUGGACAUGAUGCACUCCGAGGGUGAAUAUGAAUACUACGAGGCCAAAGGGAACUUCACCACAGUGAUCAGGAUUCCGUACCAUGGCAGUGCAUCGAUGAUCAUCGUCCUACCCGACCAGGGGAAGAUGAAGGAGGUUGAAGACACCAUCAGCCCUUCCUAUGUCAAACACUGGAUUGAAGCAAUGGAAGAAGGGCCUGUGAAGAUUAUUAUGCCAAAAUAUUCUAUUUCUGGAAGAUUUUCAUUGAAAGACAUCUUGCAAGCCAUGGGUGUUGUCACUGCUUUCUCUGACACUGCAGACUUCUCCCCAAUGACAUCUGCAGCAGUCAAGGUAUCAAAGGUGGAACAUCAAGCAGUCCUCAAUGUCAAUGAGAAAGGCACAGAAGCAGCUGCAGUCACAACUGUAGAGAUUGUACUGAGAGGUAUAUUCAUACCACAACGCAAAGUCAUUGAAAUCAACAGACCAUUCUUCGUGUUCAUUACAGACAAGAGCACCAAAAGUAUUCUCUUCAUGGGCAAGAUUUCAAACCCAGCAGCAAAGUGAACAGUAUUCUGCUAUCAAAAUGAAGUUCAUGUCUAAUGUCGAAUUUACAUAAACAACAUACAUAUUUGGGGGAACACAAUAAAUGUUUCAUACUGUA